AGACCUGAAAGUGGCACAUUGCAGAGUGUGUCGCGAUGGAGACAGCAGCAAGCACAUUGGAGGCCGUACAGGGACCCAUGAGAGACUCUGGACCUGGCAGCAGCAUGAGGAGGCGGUACGGGGGCCCAUGGCAGAUUACAGGCCUGGCAGCAGCAAUGGGAGGCCCUACAGGGACCCAUGAGACACUCUGGACCUGGCAGCAGCAUGAGGAGGCGGCGGUACGGGGGCCCAUGGCAGAUUAGGGCCUGGCAGCAGCAAUGGGAGGCCCGUAAUCUGCCAGCACCCUAUGACAAAAUGGAACACACCAGCAGUGUGAGGAGACCUGAAAGUGGCACAU